ACUCGCUCUAUUUCUUUCUCUCUCGCUCUCUCAGAGGAGAACGUGUCCUAGCAAGUAGCAACCAGUAGUAACGAAGCGACACAAAUUUUCCCAGAAAUGGCUUUCUCACUCCUCAAACAACCUCACAACCUUCCAUAUCUCUCCCCCUUCCACCCUAAGCUGCCAUUGGCUUCCUUCCCAAUUUCUCUCUCCUUCCCAAUUUCUUCUUCAACAACCCCCAAUGGCCUCCAUUCCCCUCCUCUAUGCGCCUCCGCACACUCGCAGACCGGUCCUGUGAAGAAACGCUCUUCCAAUAAGAAGAGGAAGAAGAAGGCGAAGGCUGAUGUUGGUUCUGCUGGCGAUGAUUCAGAGGGUCUGAACUUCAGUGAUGUUGAAAUUGUGGGCAUUUCGGGUGCUUCCGGUGAUGGGUCGUAUUCGGGUUCGGGUUCGGAUUCGCGUUCUUCGGGUUACCAUCCCACUCCACUGCCGAAACCUCCAGCUGGGUUUGUUGUGGAUGAUCAAGGAAGGGUUCUCAUGGCUUCUAACAAGCGGAUUGCCACCCUUGUUGAUCCUACGAAUAAUUUUCCAUUAGAGUGCGUUAUAAGGAGAGUGUUCAGAAGUUCUCAAGGGGAUGAAUGUAUGUUGCUUUGCCCAGUUGAUACGCCUGUUCAGAUAUUAAAGAGCACAAAUAUUGAUGGCUGGUCGGCUGUUAGUGAUGAUGAGGUUGAUGCAAUUCUUCCUUCUGCUGCUUAUGCGCUUGCCAAGAUACACAUGCAUAUGGUACAUAGCGGAUUUUGUUAUACAGCUCGAGGAGGGUUUUGCUACUCUGAAGAUGAUAUAUUUGAUUUCCGCACAGAUGAUGGUCAAGGUGUAGAUGGCUUGCCAACAGAGGGUGUAGAAAUUACAUGCUUCCAUCUGGAUGGUGCACAUUACAUGAUAUAUACACCAUCUGAUCCACUUCUUUUUGUUGCUGUAAAGGACAAAAAUGGGUUAUUGCAAAUUGCUGACGAUGAUCUCUUGGAGGAUCCUGCUAUAAUAAGUGCCAUAGACGAGGAGACCGAGUUUAAUGCCUUGGUGGAGGAAGAGGCAGCUCUUCUUGAUUCAUUAUUAGGGAAAGAAUAGCUCAGGGCGUUUUGGUAAACAGUGCUUUCACAAAUCGUUUUUAUGAUGUAUUUUUUAUUUUUUUCUUUUCAUGUUCAUAAUUUAAAAAUAAAUAAAUAAAUAAAUCACUUCAAAAGGGGGAAGCCAGAAGCACUAGUUGUAGUUUGUUCAAUUCAGUGUAUAUAACAAAUUUUGGAUGUUAAAGAAAAGUUUCGAGGAAAACAACCAAAGUAAUGUUGCAGAUUAGUAUAUUUAUAUAUCUGUAAACAAGUCAUAAGGUUUUUUAUUUUUA